UCCAUUUUUCGCAAAUUAAUUUUUCUUCUAAUCUUUUCUGCUCUUUCGAAUAGGGGGGAAAGGCGAAAAAUCUUUUCAAUUUCGACGAUCGCGAAAUCUAGGGUUUCCUCAUCAAUCUGAAAUUCAGCUCUUGAUCGAUUGAACGCGUGAGUUUUGUAAUAUUUUGUCGAUGUGAUCAUGUAUAUGUGUAUGUGCGUGUCAACGUUUAAUGAACUCAGCAAUGAAGGGUGGAGCAUCUUCUUUAAACCCCUAUGCAGCAUCAUACAUACCACUCUCAAAAAGAGGAGGAACUGAUGAAAGCAAAGAUUUUAAAAUUUUGGCAAAUCAAUUAGAGAGUGGAAAUCACUCCGUCUGGUUUGGACAUGAACCAAAUCGUAUGUGGACACAAGGACAGCACCAAAACCCUUCUCAAAGCUAUGUCCACGGUGCUGAGUCUGUUCAAGUUGCUCAGAUUUCCAACACUAAGGACCAUCCUGGUGGUGAAUUCUAUGCCUCAUCAUCAUUUAAUCCACAUGAGAUGUCUGGAAAAUCAAGCUUCAGUGAAGAAUCUGACAUGGAUUUGGCAUAUCUUCAGAUGACAUUUCCUGGUAUAUCAGAGGAGUCUCUUUCUGAUGUCUAUUUAGCAAACAAAGGUGACCUGGACUCCACAGUUGACAUGCUGAAUCAACUUGAGAUCUAUCCCGAGUUCUCUGAAAAGCUUCCCGACACUUUGGACAUUGGAGACGUGCCAGAGUCUGGAUCCUCCAGUGAGGUAGCGUCUCAGAAUGUGACAGGUAAAGCAGGGGCAUCAACAUCUGGUUCAUCCAUUUCAGCUUUUGCAAACUAAUUAACUGAAAUUCCAUAUCAGCCAAAUUUUAUCAACUCUCUUGAUAAAAAGCUUGUACUGUGAAAUUCUGUUGGGAUCCAUACAGUUGGUUUGCUUAUGUUGCGUUGCGUUGCAUUGCAUUGCAUUGCAUAGCCUGUAUUUGCUUGUACUUUUUCUAUAGUUUUUGGCUUCUUGUCUGCCUGCCUUUGAUAGGUCAGAAGCUGUGUCUGCUAUUGUCUUGCAAAGUGAGAGUUUUUGAUUUGUUAAUA